AUGGAAAAUACUUUUGCCAUACUUGAAAAGUUGCAAACCAUGCCAACCGUUGCAUCAGAAAUUAAUAAAUUCUGGGCCGGCCAUCCAGCACCUGACAUCUCUUUUGAUGGCGAUCUUGAAAUGGGCGACAAAGGCACGGAAGAAAAAAAUCCUCAUCAAACCACUACGGAAAGUUCCGAUAAAUUAUCAGUUCUAUUACAACUUUCUUCUCAUCGACGAAUGUUUUCUGACUGUUGGCUGGCACUCCUAAAGCUACCAAUGAAACAAGAAUCAUACAAAAAAAUCCUUUUAAUUAUGCAUAAGAAAAUAAUACCUCAUAUGCCACAGCCAACGUUAUUAAUGGAUUACUUAACCGAAUCAUACAAUGCCGGUGGUGCGAUUAGCAUUUUGGCGCUUAAUGGGCUAUUUACUCUCAUUCACGAGCACAACCUGGAUUACCCUGAUUUCUAUAAGAAACUAUAUAACUUAUUUGAUAGAAACUUGAUGCAUGUCAAAUAUAAAUCCAGAUUUUUUCGUUUGGCGGACCUAUUUUUAUCCUCUACUCACCUUCCGGUCCAACUUGUUGCAUCAUUUAUCAAAAGGAUGUCCCGUCUUUCCCUUACAAGCCCGCCUCACGGAAUUGUCAUUAUCAUUCCAAUGAUCUAUAAUCUCAUUAGGCGACAUCCAAGUUGUAUGAUUUUAAUCCAUCGACCUUCCGAAUCAUCUUUCAAAACUGAAGACGAAUCUUGCGACACCGAUCCAUAUGACUUUAACGAACCGGACCCUAUGAAAAGCAAUGCAAUUGAUAGUUCUUUAUGGGAGAUUAAAACCUUGCAAGAACAUUACUUUCCGAGCGUUGCUACUUUGGCGAAAAUUUUUCAAGACAAAUUUACAAGGCCUUCAUAUGAUCUAGAAGAUUUCUUGGAUCAUACUUAUACUAGUUUAUUUGAAACAGAAAUAAAAAGAAAGUCGAAAAAGACACCUGCACUUGCUUUUGAGAAGCCAGAAUUCGUAUUUCCGACGAUUGAGAAUAUGGUUACCGAAGAAAUGGAUGCUGAAGAAAAGGAGAUAAGGAUAGCCAACAUAAUGAAGGGCUGGGAGAUUUUUGA